AUGAGUCUGGGCCUGAAGAUCUUUCACAAAACGCCUUACCCGGCCAUCGACCCCAAACAACCCAAACUCAGUCAGGCAGGCAAGACAAUUCUUGUGACUGGAGAGAAUGGCGGUAUUGGCUUCGCUAUUGCGAGGAACUUCAUCGCCGCUGGCGCCAGGCGUGUUAUCAUCGUUGGCCGCGGUAAGGAGAAGGUGGAGCUCGCUGUUUCCCGGCUCAUAGCAGAGGGCCAGGCAAUCGAGUCCCCCACCAUCGUGGACAGGCGUAUCUGCGACACGAGUGAUAUUGAUGUGACUGCGGGACUUUGGGAUCGCCUGGAAGGGGAGGGCAUCGUUGUUGAUGUGGUUGUCAUGAACGCCGCAUCUUUUGGAGAUGCAAAGUCGCUGUUGGAAGCAGGCCGCGAUCGGGUCUGGCAGUCAUACAUCACCAACGUCCAAUCCCACCUCGAUUUUGCGGAGCGACUGUACGAACAAAAGGGACAGGUGGCCAUAUAUAUUUGGACCGGCGUAACCCCUCAGAUUCCAUCAUAUGGCCUGACCAAGAAUUCCGGUACGGCUCUGAUGCAACAGAUUGCCAAAGACGUAAGGCCUGAUGAGCUGCAGAUCGUCAGCAUCCACCCUGGCAGCGUGCUCUCAGAUACUGCCCGUGCUGCUGGAUUAGACGAGAGUAGUCUCUCAUGGGAUGAUGAAAACCUAGCUGGGCAGACCGUCGUGUCGGCGUCAACCCCCGAGGCUGAGUUCUUACACGGACGAUUUGUGUUGGCCAACUGGGACAUUGAAGAGGUUAUGACCGACAGCUUUAGAGUUCGGCUUAUGAAUGACCCGAACUUCCUCAAAGUUGGCGUCGAUGACCUGUCUGAGAGCAUGACAUCUUUACAAGUAUAA